ACUGUACGUCCUGACGUUGGUGUCACGCUAGUGACGUACAGGGAAGCGGGAAAGCACGGAGUGUCUCCUGUCUUCUCCUCACACACGGAGAGAUGGACCCCCGGAUGUUUUCCGCCCGAUCCGGGGCCGUCCUGAAGGUCCGCCCGGGGAAGAGCCGAUCCCAGCGGGCUCGGCAUGCCGGAGCGAAGAGAAGGAAAAAGAUGAGCGGCGAGUCCCGGCCGUCCACCUCCCAGGAGAGCCCAAUCCCCCCUAUGUCCGCCGUGCUGGCCGAGGAGGGAGUGUGUGUCCUGCUACUGGGGCCCGGACAGAAGCUGACCUUCUCCGGGAAGUGCCUGGUGACGUGUCUGUAUGGAAGUGUUGAAGUCCUCGGCCUGACCAUCAAUUCUAAUGAGACCCCAUAUGAAGUGUUCUCCCCGAAUACUCACUCUCCGCUCACCAUCACAGCGCUGCGACCAAAGAAAACGCACAAGACUCGCAAGGAGAACCGCAGGGAGGCCGUCGUGUCACUGCGAGGAUAUCUCUCUCUGGAACGCAGACGCGCGGUGAUGACCAACUUUAAAUCUUCAUGUUCUAUUCUACUGAUGGAGCGUUUAGAAGAACCGACCACCAGCUAUAUUCAGACUCAUCCGGAGUACGCCAAGAUCUUUUCUGCCAAGCCGAGUGACAAAUACUCCUCCAUAUUGGAUGACUCGGUCCUGCUGUCUGCUGGAAUCGAGAAUCGUGAUCCUGAUUCCGCGAUUGUCAUGCCGGAAAAAGCCGCGUCGGCAGCACAGACAUUGGUUGACGCUUGCCUUGAGGAACAUGACGGCUGUCCAGUCAUUCUUGUCUGUGGUCCACAAAAUGUUGGAAAAUCAACAUUCAACCGGUAUCUCAUUAACCAGUUGUUGUAUAACAUUCCAUGUGUUGGCUAUCUGGAGUGUGACUUGGGACAGUCAGAGUUUACACCUCCCGGCUCUAUAUCAUUGCUGAACGUAACCAAGCCGGUUCUGGGUCCUCCAUUUACACAUCAAAGUGAUGUCCAGAAGAUGGUCUUCUUCGGAGACACGUCAUGUGAACAGGAGAUAGAACGGUUCAUCGAAUCUGUGAAAUACGUCAUCACAUCUUACAAGAGGGAGCAGCCACUCAUUGUCAACACCAUGGGAUGGAUUAAAGGGUUUGGAUUGCUACUCCUGAUAGACCUAAUCCGCCUGCUGUCCCCCAGCCACAUCGUACAGAUCAUCGCAGAGGGAGGAGACCGCAUGGAGCCGCUCACCCCUGAGUAUGUAAAGAGUGCGGCUGGAUACAUGACGAAGGCCUCGUCUGAAACAAAGUUCAAGAACCAAGGGCUGGACGACUCCGACGAAGAGGAAGACUCUGACUUUCACUUUAGGCCUUCAUCUGGACAUGAGCUGCUUCACGUAGAGAACGGUUUUAGUGGAGCUGGAGGGACGGAAACAGUACGUUGUCACGGCUGGAUCCUGAGAGAUCUCGCCAUGUUGGGCUACAUUGGCAAGUUGCAGCAUUUUGAGCAAAUCAUUCCUCUUAACAGCUUCGUGCCUUACGAGGUGCCGUUUAAUGCUGUGGCACUUCGAGUCAUCCAUGCCGAUGUCGCUCCAUCACACAUCUUGUACACAGCCAACGCUAGCUGGGUCGGCCUGUGCCACAUUCUGGAUGAUGUUGGCAGCCAGAGCAACGGCCCGGUGAUCCUCACACAGACGCCAGUCUGUGACUGCCUGGGGUUUGGUAUUAUUCGGGGAAUUAAUAUGGAGAAAAAGGUCUACCACAUCCUUACACCCAUCCCUCCAGCUGCUCUGCGAUUGGUGAAUUGCCUGCAAAUUGGAAACAUAUCUAUACCCCACAGCAUCUUCAAGAACCAGCCUGGAAUUAAUGGGGAGAUUCCCUACGUCACCACAGACUAUGACUUUACAAUCUACGGCUCGGGGAAGAUGAAGAGAAAGAAACACCUCAAACGGCGCGAACAUCUCUAAGUUCUUUUGUUAUUUCCCUUUUGUUUUGCUGUUGUGUUUUAUUAAAUUAUUUUUGUUACAUUUCAGACCAUUUUUUUUAAAACGCGUAAAACAAAGUGAGCCCAAACAGCUGGCUUUUACGAGAAAAAAAAAAAAUAUACAAAAGAUAAAAAAAAAUCAGGCGUUUAAAUUGCAUCAGUGUUACAAAUAGAGCCAAUAUGGCCAAGAAGGUGCACCCAGGCAAUGUGUCUCACACUAGGAAUACACUCUACCAGUGUUCCAGAUUCAAAUAGUCAAUGAGGUAUCAAUCUGUCUCGCUCUAAUACAGUCAAGAAAGGCGCUCUCAACCAAUGUGUCCCAGACGUACGGUCAAGGAAGGUGCAGUCCUCCAAUCUGUGCAACACUAACAGUGUCAAGGCACGCCCAACCAAUGUGUCCCAGAUGUACGGUCACGGAAGGUGCAGUCCUCCAAUCUGUGCAACACUAACAGUGUCAAGGCACGCCCAACCAGUGUGUCCCAGAUGUACGGUCAAGGAAGGCGCACCCAACCAAUGUGUACAAGAUGUACGGUCAAGGAAGGCACGCCCAACCAAUGUGUCCCAGAUGUACGGUCAAGGAAGGCGCACCCAACCAAUGUGUCCCAGAGAUGAUCAAGGAAGCCCCGCCCAACCAAUGUGUCCCAGAGAUAGUCAAGAAAGGCACGCUCAACCAAUGUGUCCCAGAUGUACAGUCAAGAAGGUGCACUUGCCAGUGUUCCUGAUACUUAUACGGUUAACAAGGCACACUCAUCCAUUGUGUCCCAGACUAAUACUGUCAUAGAAUGUGUGCUCAACCAAUGUGUCCCAGACUAAUAGUCAAGGAAGGUGUCAUCCAAUAUGCUCCAGGCUUAGUGCAUUGUAAUCGUAAUAACAUAAAUAGAAGAGAAAGCGCUCAUGUCUUCAGUGUCCUUGCAAUAUGUCCAUCUAACUCACUAUCCUCAAAACGGUAAACGUCACAAUCGCCUUCCAGAUUUUUUGUUUACUGUGUAUGUUAUAAAAUGUUUCUUGUAAUAAAGAAAUGACCACAAUAAUAAGACUUUCUACAAUGUAGUUUCAGGAGUUAAUAAACAAGGAUAAAAUG